CACGAAAGACUCGUCUUAAAAUAAUGGCCAUAACAAUCACACUAAUUUCAAUCAUAACUGUCUUCUUGCCAACCCCUUGUUCGUUGGCAUAGCUUUGACUGGAUUCAAAGACUUUUCUCUCUUUCUACCUAAAUUUGCGGGAUGGAGUCACCGGCGACUGGUGACUGGAUGUGCUGUUAAUUCCAGUGGGUGAAUACCUGACCGUGAAUUUAGGAAAAGUCCUCCUCCUUCCAACUGUGAGUAUGGUCAUGUCUGAGAUGAAGUCAAGGCGUACUCAUUCACUAGAGCUAACUCUUUGGCUCUCAAGCAGAUGUCAGAAAGAAGGAAUGCUAGUUUGAAUUCUUCGCAAACAACACGAAAAUUGUAGUCUGACAUAAGCUUGGACAUAUGAGCUAGGCCAUCAUGAUGAUACAAAAAGCUCGACGUUCAACGAUGCUCUUAAUCGACGGUGGUUAGGAGUUCCGGCAUCGAGGAAUAUUGGUGCAUCACCGCAUAUAUAUGAGGUGAUGUAUUAAGGUCGGCGUUAAAAGUGAGCAAAAAGUUCUUGGGGGGCGGGGGCGUAAGCUCAAGAAUAAUUAUGAUAAGAAGGAGAUUUUAUUCCGAGAAUCUAAGAUCUCGAUCUGGAAACUUAGAUCUUGAUUCGAUGGGCGUCAUAGUUUGCGCCGAGAUAGAUGAAACUCGUGGCGGAAUCCGAGCAACAAUAUGCCCAAAUGAAUUUGGCUCAAACAUUUAGCAUAAUCGUUGGUCUAAGGAGAGGAAAACUUGAGAUGCCAAGAAAUCUCGAAGAAGAAUUCAAAGAUUACGAACAUGACAGAGUAUGAUGAGUUCAAAGCCGAAUGGCCACCCCUACCGCAAGGCGAUCCAAUGCAUGCUCGACACUUUCUGCGAUGAGGUACGUGGAAAACUCGAAAUGACUAUAUUCGGGAAGUUUGACCUGAAGAACUUUCUCCCCAUCGACGUCAUGCGGACGAAGACGGGAGCAACUUUGCAGUCGAUCUUUCCAGAUGGACGUCCAUGUUACCGUUGCAAACCCACAGUGACCACAUUAAACCGAGCACGACACAGUUGAUCGGAUCAGAUUUACAACUGCAAGUCGGCAACUUGCGGUCAAGUCAAUUCUUCGAUCAUGAACUUUCUGAUCACGGAAAACGGAAUGAACACGAGGGCAAUCGACAGGAUCCGAGCCCUCUCACUUUCCAUUGGAUCGGGUGGGGUUCCAGCCAUGCAGUGCGAGCUGCACGUCCUGCCCCUGCUUCUGCUUCUUCUCCGCGGUCCAACGUUGUCAUGCAUCAUCGGGUCAGGGCGUGAAUAUUAAAGGAGAUCCUGACCUCGCUCUCCCUCUUUCAAAGCCCUGUGCAAUUCUGAUAUUUUCGCCGAGACUGACCAGGACGGGUCAAGAAAGGUUGCACCCGCUGUCAGCUUCACGUGAGGCUGCAGACAUUACCAAAUGCAGCACAUUGUCACCCUGCGGCACGUCCCACGCUGAACCAGUUGGGAAAAUUGGUGUGGAAUGACCGAUAUGUGUCAGCCCGCAUCCUGCCCCAUAGCUGGAAACCCCAUAAUACUACUUUACACCAAGACGAAGAGAAAGGGAGAAGCUGCUCCGUCCUCGGAGCCGUCAAUCCGACCUUAAGUUUCACUUCGUAUGCUACUCGGGUUGGGGAGGCAUGGCCAGUAAAGCAGCCGGCUUCUCUCUUUCCCUCUCGAGGAGAGAGUGGUUGAAACCAGCGAGGCAAGCAAAUUCCGAGUUACUGCGGGUGAAAGCCCGAACCAGGUACCCGCAGGAUCGGAGAGGUCCCGCAAGUUGUACACUGUCCUGCACAGGUUUGAUCGGAGGCCAAAUUUAGUCCUAAAUCGUUGUUUGUUGCAUUAAAAGCGAAAAGUGGAUGUUCCAACUCUGGGAAGUUCCGUUUCACUGGAUAGGAGAAAGUUUCCAGUACGCCGACAUAUUAGCAGCUCGAGCUGGAAGUACUCAGCCGGCGAAGGUGGUGGAAAAUCUGAGAGGUGGAGAGGAGAAGUAAGUCUCGAAUGCUGAUGUAAUGGGAAGCUGUAAUGUCAAGAUGGACCGCAAGAUGAAUUUCCGAAAGUGUCUCGUGUCGUUGAAAACCUCCGUGGGCAAUGACUGAGACUCUCGAACGUAGGGAGGCACCACUGCUGCUGCUGGAUUCUCUUGCUUCCUUCGCCGGUAAUUGCUUUAAUCGAAGGUCUUGUCGCUGAAAGCUGCCCUCUCCGAAAGAAAGUCCUCUGGGAAGGCCACGUUGUGUGCGGAAACACUCCGAAGCAGCAACUUUGACCGAAUAAUGUUCACACUGAUGACGGAAUGGAUUACGAGCAUUGACUUUUUGUCGCCAUUGGACGGUCCAAUUGGCCAGUCCUGGAGGUUUACGAGAUGAGAGGCAAUCGUGGACUACAGCCCCUUCAAAUAAGAUCAUCAUGCUAAUACUUAUCUGUCACACUUCCAUCAGACCACUGUUGCCACAGACGACCUUUGAAUAAGUCUCGACCUAGACCACCACAAUCGCCAGUGCUGAACCGAGAGAUAUCAUCCGAUCGUCCCAUGCUUUUCAUGCCAUCUCUGUGUACGGAAGCCGUCACUCGCCAUUGCAUCUUCGCUCAAAUUUUCUUAGACUCGCGGGGAAUUAGCACGAGGCGGAGCGCAUCGUCUGCUGAACGACGGACUUGCCACCAUCAAAGAGACCAGAAGAGUGUCAAGCACGAAGCGGACUCGACUAGAACAAAGUAGAGUUGCGUGCAUAGUUUUGGUCUCUUUGGUCAGUGACAUCAAGCAAACAAAAUUGCACUCGAUUGCAAGACUGCGACGAUGAAAGUCAAAAGUGGUUGUACAAGUGGUUGCAUUUUUCAAACCCUCGAACUCGGAAAAUUGGGGUAAUCAUCGCCUGAGAGUUGCAUGGAGUAAUCCGUUAGUCAAGAGAAACCGCAUGCUCGUGAACAUGAUUUUUUCGUUGACCUGAAUUGAAGAUCUGGAGUGCACGAGGAAGUGACCUCUGUAAGUAAGACAUCGCUUUGCACGCCGUACAUGAGUGACGCAGAGAAGCCAAGUUCGAGCAUGGGGACCUCGAGAAGGAGGUCUGUGAGCGAGUCUGCGACCGAACCACCGGCGAUACCUUCCGACUUUCUGUGCCCAAUAUCCCUGGAGUUGAUGAGCGAUCCUGUGAUGUUGAGCACAGGGCACACGUACGAUAGGAAGAGCAUAGAGAAAUGGUUCAGCACAGGGAAGAAGAUGUGUCCUCAGUCUUGGGUAGAGGUCAGUCCCGAGGAGCUGAUUCCCAAUCUUUCCCUCAGAGAUUGCAUACUAGACUGGCAGAUGAAUAUGGAAGUUCCGAAGAAAAAACUCAAGUACCCUACGAGCCCAACACUUCUUACGGAUAUGCACGUGAGGCUCCUUCUCGAAGACAUCAUGGUUGAAACAGACAACCUGCAAACACUGAAAGCUUUACACAUCAUGUCGGAAGUGAAUGACAGAAAUCGCAAAUUGAUUUGCCAAGGGGGAGCUCUGCCGAUUCUGGGUUCCGUCCUCUCCCGCACCCGGCCAGAAGUGAUGAACGAGGAAGCAGCCAUAGCAGCUUUGGGAGCUCUUGCUGCUCUCUCAGACCAAGAAGAAGCCAAAUUACAGCUGCCUGCAAUUGGCGUGUCGAUGACCCGGGCCCUUUCUUAUUUUCUGCGCAUCGGUGAAUUGGAUGUGAGAGUGCGCGUGAUAAAGAUUAUCGAGUGCAUGGUUGCGGACGAUGAUACUUUACUGAUGCUCGGAGCGGAGGAAGGACUAGUUCGAGGUCUCGUAGAUAUGCUACAACACCAGGAGUAUUUGGACAUCACGGGAAUUCUGAGAUGCCUAUAUGCUAUCUGUCUGCCCAGGGUUGGCAAAUUAGUCGCGAUAGCGGUGGGGGCAGUGACUGCUGUGAUUGAGCUCAUUCCGGGGGCAAAGACGGAGAUAGCAGAAGGAGCUUUGGCACUCUUGGAUCUGAUCUCUUGUAAGUGCAGUGAAGGGUUACUUGCCUUAUCUGAGCAUGCUCUGGUGAUUCCCAUAAUGGCGCGGUCAAUACUUGAAUAUACCCACUCAGGCACGGAGCAUGCUGUGAAUGUGCUACAUACCAUCCUGACCACCAACCCCAACCUCCACCUGCAAUUUGAAGCCGUCAAGGCUGGUGCAACUGCCAAACUACUUCGGGUCAUUUCAAUUCCUGACAUCAACUCAGCCACCAAACUCAAAGCUCGAGAAAUCUUAAAGACUCUACAGGUCACGGGUUCCGAUCCGUCAAUCAGAACAACGUUCCCGUGAUCGCCUCUGGUAAUCUCAAAUCAAAAGGUAGGAAAUCACACUUCUCUCAUAAAAAAGGAGAUCGCUUCGUUCAGAUUCAAUCCGUGAAUUUGGCAAUGAACAGAAUAGAAGGCUCAAUUGAAGUGCUAGUUGGGAAUCAGACAGAAGUCUGUAUAUAUACAUGGAAGUUCUGUUUAUCAUCUGACAACUUGAUCAAAGUAUCGAGAUGGUAUGGGAAAGUUAGUGUAAAAUUGCUGCCAAUAUAAUUGAUCAAUUAUCUAUGAAUUUUCAGCUUCUUUGAAACCGACCAAUUAAUACUUAAUAUUGGACACUUUCCCAUGCUACCAUUUCAUUCCACUGCAAGAGCUAUACAGCUAUAUGGCACAGAAUCGUUCAAAAUCUCGACAAGAUGAAACCCUUUCAUUCAAUUUGCACCAGAAUAGGAAAGCUUAGGUUCUGCCAUAAUUGUGAUAACGAUUUGCUGGAGAACGAAUUGCUGGUUUCUGGAGCCAGGUUGUAGAGAAUCUGUAUAUAGCCCCAGUAAAAGGCAUUCGAGUGAAGUUGAUUCCAAUGAACGGACGUAGAAUACUCGACUCGCGAUAAGCUCUCAUGUAAAAUAGCUCUCAUGUACUGUAAUACAUUCAAGGCACGAUCUAUGUUCCUGCUUAGUAGGGUCAAACAUAGAGCGGAAGCCUCAGUUUGACUGUCUGCGCAGUUGGACCACAUGGUCCCCAUGAACAAGGAAAAGAAGGAAGUAGAAAGAAGAUCCUCACAGUCUUGGUGAGCGACAAGGAACCACACAACACAGGAUACGAUGAGUUGACCACGGGUUUGCUUUUUUUAGGGCAGAUUAUGAAUUCAUUCCAAUUGGAGGCUCUUUCGCCACCUAUGAAAUGGAGAAGUCAAG